AGGCGGCCGCUUAGGAGGAGCCGGGGGCGUGGCUUCGCUGGUGACGUCACUCUCCCUCCCGCGCAUGCGCCCUGGAGUCCGUAGGCCAGGUUCCAGAACGGGCUCAACUUCCUGUUCCACCCGCCCAUGGAUGGCGUAACUUCCUGUGGAGGCAUAGAGUGGCGCUGGAGGUCCAAGGACAUGCCUAGAGAGGCCUCAUAGGUUCCUUAAAGGGGCGGCGUCAUGGCGGAGCGAGGGGCGCACCUCACGGCGGCCUCCGCCCACGAAGACCGGCCCUCCAUCUUCGAGGUGGUCGCCCAGGACAGCCUCAUGUCCGCCCUCAGGCCGGCGCUCCAGCACGCGGUCAAGGUGCUGUCGGACUCGAACCCGGGGCGCUGGGGCUGGCUGUGGCGCGGCUUCGACGAGGCCUUUGCGGUGGCGGAGCUCCUCCUGCAGCACCACUUCCUCUCCCGCCGGGGGGGCUCCUUCUCGGAGAACUUCUACGGCCUGAGGAGGGUGGCCGCGGGCGUGGGGCCCUCCCCGGUGGCCCUGCCGGCCGGCCUGCGCUGGCGCUCGCUGGGCCUGCUGGUGGGGGCGCCCUACCUGGGGGCCAAGCUGGGGCGGCUGGUGGGGCGGCUGCGGGAGGAGCAGGACUACGCCAUCCGCCCGCCCUCCUCCCCCCGCGCACGCCUCUGCCGGGCCGCCCUGGCCGCCUACCCCUUUGCCGCCCUGGCCUGGCAGGCCUGGCUCCUGGCCCAGCAGGUGGGCUACCUCCUGGGAAGGGCCCGGCAACACUCCCCGCUCCUGCGCAUGGCCGGCGUGCGCCUCGCCCGCAUCACCCCCCAGGACGGCGGCACCGCGGGGCACUCCGGCAGCCUGUCCCACUGGCUCUCCACGGGCCUCUCGGUGGGGGUCUUCUUCCUACAGUUCCUGGAGUGGUGGCACUCUCCCGAGAACCAGGACUCCCUCCGGGGCUUGACCGCCCUCCCGCCGCCCCCGCCGCCCCUCCACCUGGACCUGGACCGGGGCCCGGACCCCCCUCCCGCCGCCCUGCCGGCCCUCCGGACACUCUGCCCGCUCUGCCGCAAGGUCCGGGCCAACGAGGCCGCCCUCUCCACCUCCGGCUUCGUCUUCUGCUACCCCUGCGCCCACGCCUACCUGAAAGCCCACCAGCGCUGCCCCCUCACCGGGUACCCCUCCCACACCCGCCACCUGGUCAAGCUCUACGCCAAGGAGGAGCACUGAGGGACACCCGCCUUGGGAAGCCUCCCAAGAGGUAUGGGAUUCCAUAACAACCUUCAAAAGUCUCCCAAGAGUGGUGGACUUCCAUAACUUCCUUCUGAAGUUCUCCCAAGGAGUUAUGGGGUUCUAUCACUACCUUCAAAGGUCUCCCAAGAGUCAUGGCAUUCCAUAAAGUCCUUUCGAAGUCUCCUAAGACUUAUGGGGUUCCUUUGGAGGUCUCCCAAGAGUUAUUGGAUUCCAUCACUUCCUUCUCAAGUCUCCCAAGAGUUAUGAGAUUCCAUAAAUAACCUUCGAAAAUCUCCCAAGAGUUGUGGACUUCCAUAACUUCUUUCAGAAGUUCUCCCAAGAGUUAUUGGAUUCCACCACUUCCUUCUGAAGUCUCCCAAGGAGUUAUGGGGUUCUAUCACUACCUUCAAAGGUCUCCCAAGAGUUGUGGGCUUCCAUAACUUCUUUCAGAAGUUCUCCCAAGGAGUUAUGGGGUUCCAUCACUACCUUCAAAGGUCUCCCAAGGAGUUAUGGGGUCCUAUCACUACCUUCAAAGGUCUCAAGAUUCAUGGCAUUCCAUAAGAUCCCUUAGAGGCUUCCCAAGAGUUAUGGGAUUCCUUUGGAGGCCUCCCAAAGAGCUAUGGGGUUCCAUCACUUCCUUCUGGAAUCUCUCAAAAGUUAUGGGAUCCCAUAAUAUCCUUAGGAAGUCUCCAAAGAGUUAUGGGAGAUGUAGUCCAAACCAUCUUAUCUUGAUGUCUUGCCUCAAUGUGAACUCAGGGAUCAGUCAGUCGCUCUCUCUUUUUUUUAUAACAUUUUGCCUUCUGCUGAAUUACUUUUGCAGAGAACUAAACUUCCAAUAAUCCACACUGGUUGGGGGAUACUGGGAGUUGAGGUUCCUCAAGGGGAUCCCCUUGAAGUUGUAGCAAUACGGUUUGCAAAUGACGGAAGUACAGACGGGACAUUCCUUAAUCAAAUAAAUAAAGUGUAUUAUUAUUAUUAUUAUUAGUCCGAAAUGAGCCCAAAAGGGGCUGAGAGAGUGCUACCUUUCCCCCCUCCAACCUGUACAAACUUUGUCCCAUUAAAAAUAACACGAAUCAAAUGAC